AUGAGCAACAUGAGGGAUCAGGACUUUCCAGAGGAGGAAGAAGAGGACGACUUCAAUCCGGUACCUGAAGUUGGCUCUGAUGACGAAGCAGAUGCCAAACCUCAGGCAGUAGAUGACGACGAUGAUGAAGAGCCCGCUGCGAGAGUUCCUGCUGGAGACGAUGAUGAGGAGCCAAAGGACGAGGAAGACGGCGCCGCGGUCGACAACGGCGAUGAAGAGCCUCAAAAUGCAGAGGAGGAGGAGGAAGAAGAGGAGGAGGAAGAAGAUGACGAGGACGACGAGGACGACGACAUUGAAGGCCAACCAUCGCGCAAGCGACGGCGGAAACGCCGCAACCAAUUCAUCGAUGUCGAAGCCGAAGUCGACGAAGACGAUGAGGAAGAGCCAGAGGAAGAGGACGAUCUGCCCGGCGAGGAUGUCCACCCAGAUGAUCUCCAAGAGCUACCACCUGGUGCGGACAGAGACGACCGCAUGCAUCGCGAGCUCGAUCGCAAGCGUGAGGCGGCAGAGGCCAUGGAUGUUGAGGCGGAAGCAAAGAGACUCAAGGAGCGAUACGGACGUCAAGGACGUGGCACUGGAUCCGCAUCUGCCAUUGUACCCCAACGCAUGCUUCUACCUGGCACCGACGAUCCACGAAUCUUCUUGGUGAAGUGUCGGCCCGGUAAAGAACGCGAGAUCUUGUWCUCCUUCCAGAACCGUAUACUUGAGCGCCAAAAGACACGAGAACCCAUCCAAGUGCUGUCCGCUUUCGAGCGAAAUGCCACGAUUCCAGGCCAUCUCUACGUCGAGGCGUGGCGCAUAGACGAUGUCACGGCCGCGUUUGAUGGAAUCACUCACGCCUUCAUGGGAACCAAGCCAGUGAUGAUUCCGCUUGAGGAGAUGCCCGAUCUCCUGCGUACGAGGAAGACCAAGGAGCUGGAAGUCGGCAUGUAUGUCCGGCCGAAGCGCGGACUGUAUGCAGGCGAUCUCGCUCAGAUUGAGGAAGUCGAGCCCAACGGUACUACUGUAACGCUCAAGCUUGUGCCCCGUCUGGAUUACGGCCUUACCGAGGAUGCAAAUGCUGCCGCUCCGGUGAUGGAGCCCGAUGGCCAAGGCGGUAUCAAGCGCAAGAGAGUACAAAAAGCCACUGGCCAACGACCCCCAGCAAAACUUUUCAGCGAAACUGAAGCACGAAAGCGCCACGGCAAAUACCUCUCAUCAAAGAACUCGCUGAGCUCAACCUCAUUCACAUACCAAAACAAGGAGUACAUUAAUGGUUUCCUGAUUGAAGUAUUCAAACUCAAUGCUUUGCAAACCGACAACGUUGAUCCCACUCUGGAAGAGGCCACCCGAUUUGCUUCGGGAGGAGAGGACGGCACGGACAACCUCGAUCUCGCGGCACUUUCAGCAACACUCAAGACCAGUGCUGGCGCUGAUUACCUGCCGGGCGACAAAGUCGAAGUCUUCCGCGGUGAGCAAAAAGGCGUCAACGGACGUGCUGUCGAAGUCUAUGGCGAAGUCGUCAAGAUGCGUGUAGAGGAGGGACCUCUAACCGGUCAAGUCAUCGAAGCUCCCAUCCGAGACCUACGGAAACUCUUUAGAGAAGGUGAUCACGUCAAGGUCGUCGGUGGGAGCAAGUUCCUCGACGAGGUCGGUAUGGUGGUGAAGACGUCGGGCGAGCACAUCACAGUCCUCACGGAUAGCAAUCAGACCGAAAUCACCAUGUUCGCCAAGGAUCUUCGCGAGGCGACGGACAGUGGUGGAGCGAUUGGAGUGAGCAAGUAUGACCUGUUCGAUCUCGUUCAACUCGACGCAUCCACGGUCGGAUGUGUUGUCAAAGUUGACCGAGAGUCUCUUCGUGUACUCGAUCAGACUGGAGCAAUACGCAGUCUCUUACCCUCCAACAUCUCCAACAAGAUUGAAAAGAAGCGAGAUCAAGUUCCUGCCACUGACCGUCUCGGUAACGAGAUCAAGAACGAGGACACGAUCAAAGAGUAUCAAGGCGAGCAGAGGGCUGGAAAGGUGCUGCAGGUCCAGCGCGGCWUCGUUUUUGCUCAGAGCCGUGAGAUUCGAGACAACUCUGGUGUGUUCGUUGCUCGCACGAGCAAUGUCGACACAGUGGCUGCCAAGGGAGGCCGCGUCGGUCCUGAUCUUACCAAGAUGAACACUGCACUGCAACCAAAUGGCACAAACGGUGCACCCAUGGCACCUCCUCAGCAGAGGGGUAGAGACAGACUCAUUGGAAGAACAGUCAAGAUCCGCAUGGGCCCUCAGAAGGGCAUGAUUGGGAUUGUCAAAGACACUUCAGAUAAGGAUGCGACACUUGAGCUGCACGCCAAAACCAAGAAGAUCAGGAUCGCCAAGGAGAAGCUUGCUGUCAUUGAUCCUCAGUCUGGCGAGACUAUCAAUGGUGACGCCAGGACUUUUGGUACAGGUGGUCGCCCGUCUGGCGGGCCUCCUGGUCGCACUCCCAUGGCUGGCGGAGCAACACCUUUCCGCGGUGGCGCGCCUCCUGGAGCUUCUGGAGGACGCACACCUGCAUACGCAAUGGGCGGACGAACGCCAGCGUGGAAGCAAGACGGUGGUCGGACGCCUGCUUAUGCUGCUGCAGGAGGUGGUGGCGGUCAGACCGCCUAUGGUGGCAGUGGCUUUGGUGGUGCAACAGCGUAUGGAGGCCAUACUAGCUAUGGCGGGCAGACUAGUUAUGGUGGUGCCACAAGCUACGGUGGUGGAAGUGUGUGGGGAGGGGCCGGCGGCGGUGGUGGUGGUGGUCAAUCGACAUGGAACCCGAACAACGGCGGUCGAACUCCUGGCUACGCUUCUGGUGGGAAGACACCUGCGUAUGGCGGCAUGGAAGCGCCUACACCCGGCUUCAACUCAGCACCAACACCUGGCCAAUACGCAACACCUGGUCAAUAUCAAACACCUGCUGCAUAUGCAACACCUGGUGGAUUCCCCGAGACGCCCGCACCCUACUCAGCAGAGACACCUGCAGCAGACGAUGGGCCUAGUUAUAAUUGA